AUGAGUAAUAUUUCUGUUUAAAUCAGAAAGCAAAUAUAUAUUAACCACCAAGAUUUUUAUGAUGGUAAAGAUAGUAUUUUAGAUAUUAUCCAAGUCCAUAUAAUAGCAAAUAGAGCUUUUGUCUCUCCUUCUUAGCUGAGUAAUUAAAAUUCAUAAAUGCUCAUUGAUGAAAUAAUAACACUUGAUAAUAUUCCUUAAAAUAUCAUGAAAUCUUUUUAGCUAUAACACAUUUUUCUUUUUGAAACUAUUAACUUUUGA